AUGUUGUUCGUUAUAAGAUCAUUGUUAGUUUUAUUUCUUUUCUUUUCCAAAUGGGCAUUAUCCACACUGGUAGGGAAUCAUACGGAAGAUAUAUCUAAUCCUUCAAACAAUGUAACAAUAUUAAAGGACGACGAAGGAAGCUUUGAAUCUGGUACUAUUAUAAUGUUUGAAUUAGAUGCUUAUGAAGAAUCUGAGGCAGAUGGAUCACUUAAAGGAGACUAUGUUAAGGAUAAUAUUUCUGAUUUUCCCCAGGAAUUAAAUAUAGUUCCGAGACAAAAUAUACAAGAAUUCGUUCUGUGGGUUACAGAAACUGUUGGUAAAUGCCUUACUUCUAAUUGGCAACUUGCUAUUGACAUGAGUCAUUUGGCAUCUAAAAUUUGGGUUCGUAUUAGAGAAGGUAACUGUGAAGAAAUACAUGGACAAAUGGGAGGAUUAUGGUAUAGAUAUUGGACAAGUGAUAAAAAAUGUGAAUCUAUACCUGAUCAAAAGACUAUUUCGGAGGCAAUACAUGCAGUAUUACAAAAAUUGAGAGGUGAUUUGGUGGAAAAUGUUUAUUGCAUCACGAUGUCUCAUGGUGGCAUUCCUUAUGGAACUUUAUUAAUUGGAACUACUCCUAAUGCUAUGACAGCAUCAUGCCAGGAUAUUUUCAAAGGAAAUUAUGAAGUAGACAAUGGUUCUUUAGAGUAA